UAGGAACAAGCUGGGGAAAAUUCGUCUGGCAUCUAAAUGAAAUGAGUUCAUACGACAAGGAAGCUAAUGGUGAGGAUGAUAUUGCUCACAAGGGUCACUUCUAUGGCGUAUACUUGCUGUGCAGCCAAAGCUUGGAUUCCCGCUACCACGGCAAAUGCUAUGUGGGCUUCACGGUUAAUCCCAAGCGUAGGAUUAAGCAACAUAAUCGUGGUCGAGAAUUUGGUGGCGCCAAAAAGACCAGCUCCAAGGGUCCUUGGCAAAUGGUCAUGAUUGUCCAUGGCUUUCCCAAUAAUAUAUCUGCCCUGCAAUUCGAGUGGGCAUGGCAGCAGCCCACGCUAUCAACUCGAUUGAAGUGUUUUCCCGAAUUGAAGCGUAAGAAGCCUAAGGAGAGUCAUUUUGAUUAUAAUUUUCGCAUAUUGAAUCGCAUGCUGGGCGUUGGUCCCUGGAAUCGUCUGGUCUUAACCAUACGCUGGCUAGAAACAGACUUUGAGAGGAAAUUUGAAGAGUGGCCUCUGCCCCACCAAAUGGAAAUUGUAAGCGGAAAAGUCUCCAUUACAGCAUCGCAACGCAAAAGAAAUGAUAUCCUAAAUCCGGAAGGCAGUGCAACUGUUAUUUGGAACUCUGAGUGUCAUCUUUGCAUGCAAGAGAUUAGGCAGCCAGAGCGUUCCCGCUUAGGAUGCACAAAUCCUUCAUGCAGUUUAACUUGCCAUAUUCUCUGUCUCGCUAACUAUUUAUUGGGUAAUCAACCGGGCCAUUAUAUACCCAUUGAUGGCGAAUGUCCGAUAUGUGAAACGCACAUUAAAUGGUCAGCUCUUUUGCAAAGGAAGCGUCUGUUACAAGGAGGAAAUGCAGAAGAGGACGAUUCGGAUGGCCAUGGGGAGCUUAGCGAUAUUCCCGAUGUUGACAGUGAUGUGGAAAUAUGCGAUCAAAGUGAAUAACGAUAUAAUCUGUAUACAGUCCAUCGAAAUAUUCAAUUAAAAAGUAUUUUAAUAAAGCAA